AUGCUCGUUGCUGGAUUGGCAAGGUCAAACGAAAACUAUGAGAUUGCAUUGAGACUCCUUCAUGAGAGAUACGGAAAUCAACAAGAAAUUGUAGAUUUACAUUACAAAGCUCUGAUGAACGUACAUUCUCCUUUGAAUAAGGUGGAGAGCCUUAGAAGUUUCAUAGACACCACAGAAAAACACCUCAGAAGCUUAGAGGUACUUGGAGAAAAUGUCAAUCAACACGUGUUUGUGUCUAUGAUUCGAACCAAGUUGCCGGAGGAAGUACUACGUCAGCUCGAGUUCAACAAAGAAGCAAAGGCUGAAUGGACACUAACGAAGUUGAGAGAACAGUUGAAAAACUAUGUUGUUGCUUGUGAAAGAGCAGAUAAGAAAAAAGUAGAGUAUCAAAGUGUUACAAAAGUGAACCCUCUAAGCCAUGUGAAUGGAUUUAAACCACCUUACCGUUAUCCUCCUACUACUGGUGGGAAUCGAUAUUCCAACACAGUAAUGAAACAAAGUUCAGCUGAGUCAUUGUUUGCUAGUGAAAAAGCACAAAGAGUGAAAUCUGAAAAUAAACCAUAUGUGUGUAAAUAUUGUUCAAGGUCACAUUGGAGCGACGAGUGCACAGAAUAUAGAACAGUAGACGAGAGAAAGAGAAAAAUCAAAGGUUGUUGCUUCAAAUGUUUGAAAUCUGGACAUAUGGCCAAUGAGUGUAAAACAAGUAAAGCGUGCGUGUACUGUGGUGAAUUCAAUCAACAUCAUAGAAGCCUAUGCCUCAAGAAGUUCUCUACAAAAGGUGCUUCAACAAAAACCAACGUCAAUCUUACUGAAGAGGUAGGAGCUUGUGUAGAGGACAUGACAAAUUCUGGAGAGAAUGUUAUGGUUUCUGUCGGAGAAACAGUGUUCAUGCAAACUGCAACAACAGAAGUGAAAAAAGAUCUUACAAACACAGAUUAUGUCAAAACAAGAAUUCUUCUAGACUGUGGCUCUCAACGAACUUACAUAACCAAGUCUUUAGCAGAUAAGCUCGGUUUAAAGCCAAAGAAAACUGAAGAAUUAAAAGUUGUUACAUUUGGUAGCACUCAUUCAAAGAACAUCAAAACAGAGUUGACUACAUUGUAUUUGAAGUUGAAGAAUGGACAGUACAUUGAAAUCAAAGCAAACAUUGUCCCAGUGAUCAGUGGUAACAUUCAAAGGAAAACACGGCCAUGA